AUGCUAAGAAAAUUGAGCAUUUCUGGAGGAGAGCUUGGUGUCAGUACAGACGCAAGCGCACAGAUUAGCUGCCAUGGAUUACGGCUUUUGAGGAUAAACGGAAUGUUGGAGUACCUGUACUUGACACAAUCACAAGUUUCCGGACCAGUCUGCCAAAGAACGGGGAGCAUGCUUAUUGACAUGUCCCACACAAGACUCAAGAUGCUGCUGCUUGCCCAAGUUCAGUUCUACUCGCUGGCCAGAUACACGGAUUCCCGUACUGCCAUCAACUUGGUCCUUCUGUCCCACUUAAUUGGCCCUUGGCAACGAAGUCUAAGCAUACAAGAUAUCAAUAAGAGAUUUAUUGUAUAUCCCAUAGGCUGGUUUCGCUUAUUCUAUGGACUGGACGAUAUGUUUGACUGUACAAAAACUAGCAGACGGCUCUCAGAACAAGAAGCUGACUUUGUCGAAAACUAUUACCGUGGUUUCUCUAUCAACCGGCUAAUCCCUGAAGGUGAAGAUAGUCUUGUAUAUUCUGUAUUACAGUAUUUCGAGGAUGAUUGGGCAAAAGACCUUUAUAAAGGACAUAUAGAAUUAAGAUUUGACUACGUUGCUGAAUAUUUUGUUCCUUUGUAUUAG